AUGACUGAUCAAGUGUUCGGUAAGGUCUCGAAGGUAGUAUGCGUUGGUGCCGGAUACGUUGGUGGACCCACAUGUGCCAUGAUUGCUCAUAAAUGCCCACAUGUCACGGUCACAGUCGUCGAUAUGAACAAGGAUAAGAUUGCCGAAUGGAACUCAGACAAGCUUCCAAUUUAUGAGCCUGGACUCGACGAGAUUGUGUUCGCAGCACGUGGUCGCAAUCUUUUCUUCUCAUCCGAUAUCCCAAAGGCAAUCGCUGAAGCUGACUUGAUCUUCAUUUCGGUGAACACGCCAACCAAAAUGUACGGACGCGGAAAAGGAAUGGCUCCAGAUCUGAAAUAUGUUGAAUCGGUCUCCCGGACUAUCGCUCAAUACGCUGUUGGACCAAAAAUUGUCGUUGAAAAGAGUACAGUACCAGUGAAGGCCGCUGAGUCAAUCGGAUGCAUUUUGAGAGAGGCACAGAAGAAUAAUGCGAAUCUGAAAUUCCAAGUACUCUCUAACCCAGAAUUUUUGGCUGAAGGAACUGCUAUGAAAGAUCUUGCCAAUCCCGACCGUGUUCUAAUUGGUGGAGAAUCUUCCACAGAAGGCCUUCAAGCUGUCGCCGAACUUGUUCGCAUCUACGAAAACUGGGUACCACGUGAACGCAUCAUUACUACUAACACAUGGAGCAGUGAGCUAUCCAAACUUGUCGCCAACGCUUUCUUGGCUCAAAGAAUCUCCUCUAUUAACUCGAUCUCCGCUGUUUGUGAAGCAACCGGUGCGGAAAUCUCCGAAGUAGCUCAUGCCGUCGGGUUUGAUACUCGAAUUGGAAACAAAUUCUUGAAAGCUUCAGUUGGAUUCGGAGGAAGCUGCUUCCAGAAAGACGUUCUUUCGCUUGUUUAUCUCUGUGAAUCACUCAACCUUCCACAAGUUGCUGAAUACUGGCAAGGAGUAAUCAAUGUGAACAAUUGGCAACGUCGACGAUUCGCUGACAAGAUCAUUGCUGAACUUUUCAAUACUGUUACUGACAAGAAAAUUGCUAUCUUCGGAUUUGCUUUCAAGAAAAAUACAGGAGACACUCGCGAAUCCUCUGCCAUUCACGUCAUGAAGCAUCUGAUGGAGGAGCACGCCAAGUUGUCGGUUUACGAUCCAAAAGUGCAAAAGUCGCAAAUGAUCAAUGAUCUGGCUGCUGUUACGAGUGCUGAUGAUGUGACACGUCUUGUCACUGUGGAGACGGACCCGUACGCUGCAGCUCGAGGAGCCCACGCCAUCGUUGUUCUCACUGAAUGGGAUGAGUUCGUCGAUCUGGACUACAACAAGAUUCACGACAACAUGCAACAUCCAGCUGCUAUUUUCGAUGGUCGACUCAUUCUGGAUCAAAAGGCGUUGCGCGAGAUUGGAUUCCGUACUUUCGCCAUUGGAACUGCACCUGAUCAAGCUUACAAUCUGUUUGGAACCGCCGGUUACUAA